GUCACGCACGGUAUAAAACCACUAACAAAUUUUGAAGGAUCAUCAGUUCGUUUUUGCCAACAGAUGUGCAACGUGACAAUGAAAAUCAUAGUGUUAGUGUUGUUUAUUGUGUUCGGUACUUAUGCAGAAGACAGUUACGAAAGUACCGGUUUACGGUUAGCGUUAAAAAUUUACGACGAUUGUUUGAAAUCAGAUGGAUUAUCGCCGUGUUUAAAGAAGAAAGCCAUCACUUUCCUCGACAGAUUGGGCCGUAUGGAUAAACUUUCCCUUUCUGACGGAAUUGUAGUUCAAAAAACCGAUGACGCAACCAAAGAUGGACCGGCUAUUACCGAAGAAAAAUUAGAUCAAAUUCUACCGCGAUCUUCUGAUGCUAAAGAUGCAGCCCUCACCGAUAUGCUUAUGGACAAAAUAAGCAACUUUAUUGGAUCCAGAUCGAUUGAACUCGCUUUACCGAAAAUUCCUGCAGCAGAAUUUAUAGAAGAAGCGCGCAAAAAAGGCGGUGGAGGAGGAGGAAAGAAGGGUGGAAAGAAAGGUAUGAUGAAUGGUAUGAUGAUGAUGAUAGGAGCCAAAUUAGCAGCUCUAAUUCCUAUAAAACUAGCUGCUCUAUUCCUGCUGGCGAAAAAAGCCCUUAUUAUAGCUAAGAUUGCUUUACUUAUAUCUGGAAUUAUCGCUAUCAAGAAAUUGCUCGGAUCCAAACAAGGAGGCGGCGGUGGUGGAGGACAUGGAGGCGGCUGGCAGUCGGGAGGUGGUGGAGGCGGAUGGCAAUCUGGAGGCGGCGGCGGCGGGGGCUGGCAAUCCAGUGGAGGUGGCUGGGAUAAAAGGUCCUACGAUGAAGCGCAAAAUUUAGCUUACAAUGCACAUAGUCCAAAAUAA